UGUAUGUAUGAUUACGAUACUUGACCGGCAUAAUGGCUGAUAAUUAUUAUCGAAACUGCGGCUGGAAUCAUGAAGUCAGCUUCGUUGUUUCUGUCUGUUAAGACGUAAAUUUACCUUUAUACACGAAGAAGUUUUAAUAACUACACGAAGCAGAACAACAUUGAAAAACCCAAUCUAGCAAGGAGAUCAUUUUCCUUUGUCGAUGUUUCUUAAAAGUGAAUAUCGGAUGACUUUGACAUAAGUUUUUACAUGAGAUGCAUCAUCAAUGUUUAUCAUCUUUUAAAGACUUGAGGAAGUUGUUAUACAAAACAGAUAUAACCCAUUUUUAUAUAAAUCUGUAGAAGAAUCAGUUUGGAAAACUUCUGCAGGUUGGAAUUAUUACCGAUAUUCUUUUACCUCACCGUCUUGAAUGGACAUAAGAUAAUUAAAUAUAAACAUAGUUACAAAACAUCAGCAUCUUCUGGUAUCAACAAAAUAUCACAGUUGAUUGAAAUAUAGCAGAAAUACUAAAAAUUGAAAAAAAGAAAUAUAUCUAUGUAUUGUGGUGAAAAUAAGAAAAAUUAUGGAAAAUGAAUCCUGAAAGGAUUGAUUCUGAUGGGAUGCUGAAAGUAGAUGGGGAAACAUUAUACAACUGUGAUGUCUGUAAAAAGUCAUUCUCUCAGAAGGAUAACCUGACUUCUCAUAAAUGUAUUCAUAGAGGAGAAAAACCAAAUCACCGUGGUAACUCACUCUCUCAAGUAACUACGAACAAAAGUAUUUAUGCAGAAGAGAAAUCAUAUCCCUGUGAUGAGUCAUUCUCUCAAAGAUCUAGUUUAUCUAGUCACAAAUAUAUUCAUACAGAAGAAAGACCAUUUCACUGUGAUAUCUGUGGUAAAUCAUUCUCUCAAACACGAAGAUUAACAACUCACAAACGCAUUCAUACAGGAGAAAGACCAUAUAAUUGUAAUAUCUGUGAUAAAUCAUUCUCUCAAACAAGUAACUUGACUACUCACAUACGCAUUCAUACAGGUGAGAAACCAUUUUACUGUGAUAUCUGUGGUAAAUCAUUCUCUGCGAAAUGUAUCUUAACUAAACACAGGCGUAUUCAUACAGGAGAGAAGCCCUAUCACUGUAAUAUCUGCGGUAAAUCCUUCUCUACAAGUAGUGACCUAACUAAACACAUACGCAUUCAUACAGGGGAGAAACCAUAUCACUGUGAUAUCUGUGGUAAAUCAUUCAGUGAAACAGGUAAUCUCACUACUCACAAACGCAUUCACACAGGAGAGAAACCAUAUCACUGUGAUGUCUGUGGCAAAUCAUUCAUUGGAAGUGGUGACUUAACUAAACACAAACGCAUUCAUACAGGAGAAAAACCAUAUCACUGUGACAUUUGUGGUAAAUCAUUCUCUGAAGGAAGUAUCUUAACUAAACACAAACGGACUCAUACAGGAGAAAAACCAUAUCACUGUGAUAUUUGUGGUAAAUCAUUCUCUCAAAAUGGUGUCUUAACUAAACACAAACGGACUCAUACAGGAGAUAAACCAUAUCACUGUGACAUCUGUGGUAAAUCAUUUCCUCAAAGUGGUGAUUUAAGUACUCACAAACGUAUUCAUACAGGAGAGAAGCCAUAUCACUGUGAUAUCUGUGGCAAAUCAUUUUCUGCAAAGAGUAACUUAAUUACUCAUAAACGUAUUCAUACAGGAGAAAAGCCAUAUCCUUGUAAUAUCUGUGGUAAAGCAUUUUCUCAAACAAGUGAACUAACAACUCACAAACGCAUUCAUACAGGAGAGAAACCAUAUCACUGUGAUAUUUGUGGUAUAUCAUUCUCUCAGAUAAUUACCUUAACUAACCACAGACACAUCCACACUGGAGAGAAGCCAUAUCACUGUGAUAUCUGUGGUAAAUCAUUUUCUACUAAAAGUAACUUAACUACUCACAAACGUAUUCAUCAGGAGAGAAACUCUAUCACUGUGAUCUCUGUAGUAAAUCAUUCUUUGUAAUGUUAACAUCACUUUUUACAAAAACACUUGCUCAAGAGAAAAUAUAUAAGUAUUAAUAUCUUUAGUAAAUCAAUCUCUCAAAAGUCUGGUCUAACUACACACAUGGAAGAGUAACCAUAUUAAUGUCAAAAUUCAUUCUAUGAAUAAAACAAUAUGACCAUCAUCUUAUUUACAAAGGAAUGACUAUAAAGCAGUACUUACACCUCAUCAGUCAUAUAGCAUGGAAAAAGAUAUGCUAAAUGAUGAUGAUGAUGAUGAUAUCUACAUUGAUGAAAUAACUUAUCUAUAUUCUUAUGGAAGCAUUCUUUUAGAAAAGUCGUGUGUGUAUCGGACUUUUUUUCCCUUCUCUGGACCCUUCCUUUCUCCUAUUUCUGACAAAGAGCUAUGCUCUAAACAUUAAAAAUCUACUCUUUUUGCCACCUUUA